ACGCGGCAUUGUUCCUUCUUUGGCCUCGUCGGCUCCUCGGUGCUAGUUCGGCUAUUGUUGUGUGUCUUUCAGGGCAACCCUGACCUAUCAGCAGGCGGUGAUUUGUGGAUAUUUUAACUGUUUUGCUUAGCUCUCAUCCCGCCUGAUUAAGCAGCCUUUUGUCGGCUGACGGCGCGUUUUCAUUUUAGCAGAAUAUAAAGGAUCCCAGCGGAGGAGGCUGCUGAAGUAGUAAAUCGGUAUGGGACAGAGGGAAGACUGAGAUUGUCCAGUGCAUUGGUCGGCUGUUUCCACUUCUUUGGAUUUCCUACGUAAAAAAACGAAACGUGGGGGAGAAAACAUCACAGGACGUAUGUAGCCGAAGAACGACACUGCAAAAGUCGCUUUUAAGGCUUGACGAUGGGUUGCGUCAGGAGUAAAGAAGACAAGGGCCCGGCUCUAAAGUACCGACCUGACAACCCAAAUGCCACACCGCUCAAUUCUCACUUGGGCCACUACGGGCCUGACCCCACCCUGAUGGGUCAUUCACCUGCCAUGAAGACACUCAACAACAGCUACAACAGUCAUGCCGCCGCCCUAACGCCGUUCGGUGGGGCGUCUUCAAUCAUGACGCCGUUCGGUGGGGCCUCCACCUCCUUCACCUCAGUUGCUGUGAGCAGCCCGUUCCCCGGCAUCAUCACAGGCGGUGUAACAUUUUUCGUCGCGCUGUACGACUACGAAGCGAGGACAUCGGAUGAUCUUUCAUUCAAAAAAGGGGAUCGCUUCCAGAUUAUCAACAACACUGAAGGUGACUGGUGGGAGGCUCGCUCCAUCAACACCGGUCAGAAAGGUUACAUCCCCAGUAACUACGUGGCUCCAGCCGACUCCAUACAGGCUGAAGAAUGGUACUUCGGUAAAAUGGGCCGCAAGGACGCUGAGCGUCUCUUAUUGCUUCCAGGGAACCAGCGGGGCGUUUUCUUGGCACGAGAGAGCGAGACAACCAAAGGUGCCUACUCUCUGUCGAUCCGGGACUGGGAUGAGGUGAAGGGAGACAACGUCAAACACUACAAGAUUCGCAAGCUGGACAGCGGCGGUUAUUACAUCACCACUCGGGCCCAAUUUGACACUCUGCAGAAGCUGGUGAAACACUACACAGAACAUGCUGACGGUCUGUGCUACCGGCUAACAACCGUGUGCCCGACAGUAAAGCCUCAGACUCAGGGGCUCGCGAGGGACGCCUGGGAAAUCCCACGAGAGUCUCUCAGACUGGAGGUCAAACUGGGACAGGGCUGCUUCGGAGAAGUCUGGAUGGGUACGUGGAAUGGCACUACUAAGGUGGCCAUUAAGACACUGAAGCCGGGCACCAUGUCCCCAGAGGCCUUCCUGCAGGAGGCUCAGAUCAUGAAGAAACUCCGACAUGACAAACUGGUGCCUCUCUAUGCUGUGGUGUCUGAGGAGCCCAUCUACAUCGUGACAGAGUUCAUGGGCAAAGGUAGUUUACUGGACUUCCUGAAGGAGGGAGAUGGUAAAUAUCUGAAGCUGCCCCAACUGGUGGACAUGGCUGCACAGAUUGCAGACGGCAUGGCCUUCAUUGAGAGGAUGAACUACAUCCACAGGGACCUGAGAGCCGCUAACAUCCUCGUGGCUGAUAACCUGGUGUGCAAGAUAGCCGACUUUGGCCUCGCCCGGCUCAUCGAGGACAACGAGUAUACGGCCAGACAAGGUGCCAAAUUCCCCAUCAAGUGGACGGCUCCUGAAGCUGCUCUGUACGGCCGCUUCACCAUCAAAUCAGACGUCUGGUCUUUUGGUAUACUACUCACUGAACUGGUGACCAAGGGCAGAGUUCCAUACCCAGGUAUGGUGAAUCGCGAGGUACUCGAGCAGGUAGAGCGAGGUUACCGAAUGCCAUGCCCCCAGGGGUGCCCCGAGUCCCUCCAUGAGAUGAUGAGGCAUUGCUGGAAGAAGGAUCCAGAUGAGAGACCCACCUUCGAAUACAUCCAGUCGUUUUUGGAAGACUACUUCACAGCCACAGAGCCACAGUACCAGCCAGGAGACAACCUCUAGUUUAGGCCUCAAUCGGUUCAAACGUUGGCGUCUCAAAGAGAUAAAUGAGUGGAGAUCAAAGCUUGGGACAACGGAAAACCUUCAACUAAUGGGAGAAGCCUUGACGAGGCUGCAAAGAGAAAUCUUAAUGCUACAAACUAGUCCACAACCACACUGGUACAUCUGCAAUGCAAGAAGAAAAAUGUGUUGGGAGGUAGAGGUUUGUUUGUACCGCUGGACCAAACAUGUGGGGAAAGCAUUAAUUUGUGCACAUUGGUGCUGGUACGUUAAACUCUGGGAUUAAUUAGAAUAAUCCACAUGGACCGGCCAAAGCACUGUGAUCUAAGAGCAAAGGUUUUUUUUUUCUCCAAUCAUUUUUUAAAUCAACAGCUACUUUAUUAUGCUUCUUUUUUCUUUUUUUUUUACGAUUUAGAUGAUAAAUUUCCCUUUGCUCCUCUGAUUUUUUUCAAAUGUUAUUUCACAAAACAAUUCUUUGAUGUACGUGAGGUUGAAUAUGUUGGUGAAUAAGUGUGUUUUUAAGCGAUCAACAACUGUGGUUGAGUUGUCAAGUACGUGCUGUGACUGUUAAACUUGGAUGGAGAAAAGAUGGAGAGGAAGAAGAUGGCAGACGUUAUGGAUGAGAGAGUGCACAGGAAUAUCCUGAGGAGAUGUACAGACAGUAUGUGCAAACAGAUGUAUUGUAGCAGGUGUGAUCAGGUGGAUGAAUGAGAGCACGACGAGUGAUUUUGUAUGAUUCAGUUUUGACAUGGUCACUUGAAUGGCAAAUCAAGUCGGUUUAUUCUGAUAAUUUUUUUUUAUUUAAACAAGGACUUGAAAUCACAGAGAGGUAUUUUGAUAAUAUACGAAAAACAUUUUCUGUUUAACAUUGUAUAAAUGUUUUUAAAAUGACACUUCAGCUGUGAAAUUUCAGUACGAUUCGUUCGUUUCUGUUGAAAAUGAGCAUCUUGUCUUUCAUUUGAGUCACCACUCUGAUUGCUGUAAAACACUCUUUAACAAAUGUCUUUAUUUUUUAACAAAUCUCUACAUACAGCUGUCGUAUUUCUUGUCUCUUUCCAGUAAAGUCCCAGCGACCUGUGACUAAACAUGCCUUCACUGUCCUCAGUUCUGUUUCUGCUGCAGAUAAAGCUUCAUCCAAAGCCAACAACACAAAAGACAUCCCUUUAAUUUGUGUAACUAUGCAAAGUCAGCCAGUAAUGUUUUAUGGAAAGAAGCUGCCAUUAUGUCAUUGAUUUCCUUUUUUUAAUUCCCUGUUUUAGAGAGGAUGGAUCCUGUCUUCAGUGAGGUAACAACAACCAGACAAAACCAACACCUUGCACACGUUGUGGUCAGGUUAAAUCAGGCGAGAUGUUGACGACACGUACAUCCCUUAAAUAAGUUCUUAAUGAAAGUCCCGCUGUCAGUGCAGCUGUGUGUGAUGGGACAUUUAAAACAGUCGUCUGUCAGUAACCAAGCUUAGCAAUGUGGUAAAGAUGUGAACUUUUUUUUGUAUUUCUUUCAUUCUUGAGAAGAUAACCUGACUGUUUUUAGACAUUUGGACUUGACUUAGGGAGGGGGAUAAUAUUGGACUUCCUGAAAUAUGGUAACUAAUAUGAUUUUGUACAGAAGAAAUAAAAAGUUUUAAUUAAAA